AGGCACUGGUCGGGUAUCGUGUCCAGUUUGGAGCUCGGUCCGACAUCUGUCACUAAUGCUGGAGGCUUGGGAGUUAUUGGUGGCGUUCAUUAUACCCCUGAGGCUCUCCGUGAGGCCCUGGUAGAUCUCAAAAACGACCUUGUUGAUAAAAAUGCGCCAUUUGGCGUAUAUUUACUCAUUCCCAAAGUAGGAGGUGCCGCAAGAAAGACCAAUCAUGAUUACUCACACGGAAAGCUCGACGAGCUUAUUGAAAUCAUCAUCGAAAGUGGAGCCAAGUUGUUUGUAUCUGCAGUUGGAUUGCCACCCAAACAUGUCGUCAAAAGGUUUCACAAGGGUGGCGUUCUUUACAUGAACAUGGUGGGACACCCAGUUCACGCUCAGAAGGCAAUCGAAAAUGGCGCAGAUCUGAUUUGCGCCCAAGGAGGGGAGGGAGGUGGCCACACUGGUGACAUUCCUACCGUGAUCCUGAUUCCAGCAAUAGCCGAAGCAAUUAAAGGCCAACGCAGCGCAUUCACGGGCAAGGAUGUUGUCUUAAUUGUGGCUAGAGGUCUCUUCAACGGCCAGUCACUUGCUGCCUCCCUAAUGCUUGGAGCAUCGGAGGUCUGGAUUGGAACUCGCUUCAUUCUCGCGAAGGAGUCUGGCGCUUCAGCUUACCACCAAAAGAUGCUGCAGGAGACAGGCUUUGACGACAUUAUUCGGACAAUUAUCUUUAGCGGGCGAACUAUGCAUGUCCGUGCCACGCCCUAUAUUCGUCGUUGGGAGCGAAGCCGUAGGCAGGAGUUGCUUGAUCUUCAAAGCCAGGCAUUUUGCUCGCCAGGUCACCAGAAUGAUCUUGACACUAAGCAGGAUGAUAAUGAGAUACUUGAGAAUGCUCAUCCUGUCAUUAUGGGCAAGGUGGCAGCUGUGGUCAACGAAAUCCUGCCCGCAAAGGAUAUUGUUGAGGGUAUGGCGGAAGAAGCCUGUGAGCACCUGGAAAGUGGACAUGCCAUGAGGAGCAAGCUUUGA